CCCCCGCUCUCCAUCUCCCAUACACCACCGCGGUCACACACUGACACACACAGAGGCUCGCACGAGAGAGAGAGAGAGAGAGAGAGGAAUCCGAGUAUCCGUUCCAUCCGGCCAUGGCUCUCCGUACCCUGGCGUCGAAGAAGACCCUGUCCCUCGCCCUCGGCGGCGCCCGGCCGCUGGCGGCGGCGGCCAGGGGGGUAACGACGGUAGCCCUCCCCGACCUCUCCUACGACUUCGGCGCUCUUGAGCCGGCCAUCUCCGGUGAGAUCAUGCGCCUGCACCACCAGAAGCACCACGCCACCUACGUCGCCAACUACAACAAGGCGCUCGAGCAGCUCGACGCCGCCAUCGCCAAGGGCGACGCCUCCGCCGUCGUCCAGCUCCAGGGCGCCAUCAAGUUCAACGGCGGCGGCCAUGUGAACCAUUCAAUCUUUUGGAAGAACCUCAAGCCUAUUAGCGAAGGUGGUGGGGAGCCACCACAUGGAAAACUUGGCUGGGCCAUUGAUGAGGAUUUUGGUUCAUUUGAAGCACUUGUAAAGAAGAUGAAUGCAGAAGGUGCUGCUUUACAAGGAUCUGGAUGGGUGUGGCUUGCUUUGGAUAAAGAGGCAAAAAAGCUAUCAGUUGAAACUACUGCUAAUCAGGACCCUCUGGUGACUAAAGGAGCAAGCUUGGUUCCUUUGUUGGGGAUUGAUGUCUGGGAGCAUGCAUACUACCUCCAGAUAUACGUAUCCGCAGCUUCAUGUGCGGCUACCUCGUCUUCGGCAACCUCAACAGCUCUACGUCGACCUUGGCUACUCUACGCACGGCAUCUUCGACCAUGGCUCCUCGCCCUCCAGCUCGGCUACCUCGACAUUGGCACAAAGGGCUACCAUCCGCAUGAGUUACUCGCCGGUUUUCUCUCCAGUCGUAGCAUCCGCACCACACCGACGUUAUGAUUGCGGGGGGAUGUUAGUUCGUUGGCUCCUGCUUUUGGCUUCUCCAGUCUCACCGUUUGCGGUGCUCCCGCUGUGACUGCGGGGGAGUAUUAGAGUAUAAUUGGUAGUUGUAGAUAUACGUAUUGUAAACUGCCAUAUGUAUCUCGGGGAGCUUUGCCCCCCAAGUAUUGUACUCUUAUAUAUACCGGCCGAGGCUUCAAUGCAAUACAAUCCAUUAUACACCAAUCCUAUUACUCUA